CUUCCUCUAACUAGCGCAGAAUCAUCAUCAUCAUGGCGGAUCAAGGCGAAGCUCCAGCUCCCGUCCUCCCCCCGCAACCGGCACUGACAACCGGCUGGCCCAUCACCAGGGAGUCGUACGAGCUGCAGGAAGUCAUAGGCAGCGGGGCCACAGCUGUGGUGCAGGCCGCCCUCUGUACCCCCAGACAGGAGCGCGUCGCCAUAAAGAGAAUAAACCUGGAAAAAUGCCAGACCAGCAUGGAUGAGCUGUUGAAAGAAAUCCAGGCAAUGAGCCAGUGCUACCAUCCCAAUGUUGUCACCUACUACACCUCCUUUGUAGUGAAGGAUGAACUUUGGUUAGUCAUGAAGCUUCUGAGUGGAGGCUCCAUGCUGGAUAUAAUUAAGCACACAAACAAAGUAGAGGACAGAAAUCGACAUCUGGAUGAACCUAUUAUUGCUACUAUAUUAAAAGAAGUCCUUGAGGGCCUGGACUACCUGCACAGAAAUGGACAGAUUCACCGGGAUGUGAAGGCUGGGAACAUACUACUGGGAGAAGACGGAUCCGUUCAGAUUGCAGAUUUUGGAGUAAGCGCAUUCCUUGCCACAGGGGGAGACAUGACAAGAAACAAAGUGCGAAAGACGUUUGUCGGCACGCCAUGUUGGAUGGCGCCGGAGGUGAUGGAGCAGGUCCGAGGCUAUGAUUUCAAAGCAGAUAUAUGGAGCUUUGGAAUUACCGCCAUCGAGUUAGCAACAGGCUCGGCACCGUACCACCGCUACCCUCCCAUGAAGGUUUUAAUGCUCACCCUGCAGAAUGAUCCGCCCACUCUAGAGACCGGCAUAGAGGACAAGGAAAUGCUAAAAAGAUACGGAAAAUCGUUUAGAAAGCUAAUAACUAUGUGCCUUCAGAAGGAUCCGGCCAAAAGGCCGACAGCCGCAGAGCUUUUGAAGUGUAAAUUCUUCCAAAAGGCUAAGAACAAAGAAUUUUUGGUUGAAAAGCUUUUGAGUUGCGCACCAAAGAUUUCCCAGAGAGCGAAGAAGGUGAGGAGAGUCCCGGGCUCCAGUGGCCACCUGCACAAGACAGAGGAUGGAGACUGGGAGUGGAGCGACGACGAGCUGGACGAGAGCAGCGAGGAGGGCAAGGCGGCGGUGAACCAGGGCAGGUCACGAAGAGUCACAGAUGAGGCCAAAGAUAAUGAGGAGAACACCAACAAUGUCCCUAUUGAAGGGUUGUCUAUUCAGCAUCCCCAGGUCGAACCCUUUGGAAAUACGCCCUACAUUGACGGCGCUGUGAACAUGGUGCUACGACUAAGGAACUCUAAAAAGGAGCUUAAUGACAUCCGGUUUGAAUUCACCCCUGGGCGAGACACAGCUGAGGGGGUUUCCCAGGAACUGUUCUCGGCCGGCCUGGUCAACGGGCACGAUGUUGUUGUUGUUGCUGCUAACCUUCAGAAGAUUGUAGAUGACCCAAAUACCUACAAAGUGUUGACCUUUAAGCUGAUUUCGGGCUGCGACGACACGGAGAUCCCGGACGAGGUGAAGCUGAUCGGCUUCGCACAGCUUAGUGUUUGCUGAUGCUUCUUCACGCCGCUGCAGGUGAGACAGCGGGCAGACGCUUCGGGGCAGACGGAGCGACACACACACACCAUCACCUCCUGCCACACCUUCCCCACCACCCGACCCGAAGACUCAAACCCCCUCCUCCCUUACUCCUUUUCACUUUCCCACCGCCCUUCCCACACGCCAACCUCCCUGCUUACUGUCCCCUGACCUUUAACCUUAAAAACAUUCCACGGCCCAGCGGACGAAGAGGCAGCGCUGGAACUCAAGUGGUGACAAAGGGUGAUUAAGAUGUAGCUUUGGAUGUUUUUUUUCCCUUCUUUCUUUUACUUGUUUUACACAUCACAUUACCUUUGUGUUCAGCACGACUCUCAUUAUUUAUUGAAAUGAGAAGGAAUUUCCUUAUGUGGUUUUGUUGCCAUGGUGAAAAACAAAUUGACUGGCAGCCCACAAACAAACUAAUUUGUGAUUAUUUCCCAGAGGUCUUUGACAGAAUGUAAAAUUCAGUUAAUUUAUGGAGAAAAGCACAUUUUCCUAAUAACACAAUGAAUGUCUAAAAAGAGAAUGAGUUGUAUUAUGUGUUGUCAAGACCUGUUUCACACUGACAGGAAGGGAACCGUGUGCUUGAGAGUGCAGGGAAAAAAACAAAGAGACCUGAAUGCUACUGUGUUUAAUUUGCUACUCUCGACAGUUCGAAAUGUUAGAGGUGCCUUGUUCAUUUUUCUGUGCCUAAGAAAGUAGACAAUGAGUGAGCAGACACAAAGAGCAGAACCUGCUGAUUACCAUUUCAGUUCAAGUCAAGUAUUUUAACUUAACGAGACAAGCUACAAUGCACUUUUGGGCUGAGUGUGUGCCCCCCCCCCCAACAAGCUGAUGCGUAGCCCCUAGAGACAAGUUAACUUGUGUGCUUUUGUCAUCAGAUUAAUGAAGCAUAACACAACCUGCAGUCAUGUAAUCAGCUCUGGUUGACGUGUAUUUGGAUCACAGGUUAAUUGACAAAACCACAACAGUUUAAUUUGCUUGCACUGUCCUGCUGCUGCACUACUAAACCCUUUCUUCCCCAAAGCGUAGUGGUUACUAAAAUGUACUGUAUGACAAUGCAUCUGGGGUUGAGACCAAAAGGUAACUAUUAAAAGGGUGACAAGCCAUUUGUUUGUCCAAAUACGUCCAGUUCUAAAUUAUUUUUUAAGUAUUGAAAGGGUAAAUAUUACUUUCUACUUAAUUCUUUAUUAUAAAGUAAUUUAUUGCGUUUUCUAUGUACAGUAUAUGUCCCAUUUCAGCAUAUAACCCUUGUUCCUUCUCUGUAAUCAGCUGAUGUCAAAUUUCUGACAAAGAGCCACAAUAAAGAAUUGCUAUUAUUU